UCGUACACUUUUUGUCCUGUUAGUAUAAUUAUUUCUGUUUUAAAUCUGAUUUUUAUAGCAUUUGUUUAUCAAAACCCAAUAUUCACUACUAAUUGGUUCAUUCCCUUUAAAAGCCUCCACCUUUGAAUUGGAUGAACCAAGCAUCAGAGAGUAAGACUAGUGAUGAACUCCAUUUUAUCACAUCUCCAUUCAAAGUAUGCAGCAAAGACCUGGAAUGAGACUUUCCAGCUAGUGAGAAGAUGCAUGGACAAACCCAGAGAUGACGGCAAACCCUGUCAGCCGCUACUUCGAGCUCUGGAAAGGCUCCAAGAGGUGUUUACCGCGUCUUCUGUGAAUGUCACAAGAUCUUAUUUGGAGGUGGCGGCCGAACAACGAGGACUGGGUUUCCACGUUACGGAGGCUACGUGCUACCUGACGGCCGACCUCUUCUACCUGGAGGUGACUUUGCUGCCGUGUGGCGGCGUGGAAGACAUCAAAGUGGCACCGCACGGAGGAGACCCGGUUAGUUGCGAUUCCCUCCUGCAGCCUCUCAGGUCGAAAAACUUUGCAGACUUCUCCACUAAACUCCGAGACCUCGUCAGCCAGUACGACAUCCCCGGAGACAAUGACACGAAAUUCAAACUAUUCACAGCUCUACAACAUCUCUGGAAAGACUUGCGAGCCAUGUCCCAUUUACCCAGGGUUGGAAAAGACGGCAAGCAAAAAAUGGACUCAAUUAAUGACGGCUUGCUCGGUUGCUUAGUGGCCGAAAAAGCAGAUUAUCCUUUGACCAUCCACUUCUACUUGGUCCCAAGCGGCGAAGAGAAUAGAGCCCACGGUGCUCAUUUAGCAGACAGUCAGUCAGCCCGGGUGACUGUGGGCGCCAGUCAUGUGACGCAAAAACUCCAAAUGGCCUCAGUUUUCCAGUUACCUCUACAACUGGACCUGCAAGGUUUUCCCAUGUUGGACCCGCCGAAUGAAGAGUUUCCCGCCUGCUUUGUGCUUCGCUUGCAGCCGUCCAUACCUGUGAUGAAGUCUUUCCUUGAUAAGAUCCACCACAUUACAGAAGUUGUAGUAACGGCCACUGACCUGCAGUGGGGGUCAUUUCCUAAACUUCUGUUGAAAGGCUCAAAAAGUGAGCGUGGCGGCUUCUCCGCUCUGGCUCUCCCCCCGCAAACCUUCGUGUUUCCCGAAGAGGCGUGGAAAGGGCCCUCUCACGCGGGGACGCUGACGGACGCCGUCCCUUUCAGGCAGGCCGCUCACGUGCCGCGAAUCGUGGAGGUACUGCGGCAUCAGUGUGCCAUCAACGCCUUGUUGAAGAGCUGCGCCGACCAAGCUGCAGAUCAACAGCAACUUUUUGAAGUACGUCCAGAGAGUGACACCAGCUUUUCUGUGACUUUCCAGCCACCAAAUACGGACUCCCUUGCUGUUUUACUUGUGAGCGUUCCAAAUUCACAUCAGCUCACGUGCCAAUUAUACGGCGUGGGGACGGACGAUUCCUCCCUUGAGGAGCACGUUUCCGGCAUCAUUGAGCGGUGCAUGUCUAUCCCGCUGGCCGUCCAAGCAUUGUACAGAAAGUUGAAGCCUCCCGCUGACCUUUGACCCACCGGCCAAGCAACAAUGGGCAAGAACGACAGCAAUUUCUACAUGAUAGUUUGGGUACUCAAUAAAUAUGACUGGUA